AAUGGGAAAAGAGAACGGGGAAGACUUGCAGCAAAGCGCCAAGUCGGAAAUGAACCUUCAGCUGCUUCAGCAGGACUCAAACCCCCGACUGCGUGGCACCUACGCUACCAGGUUGUGUUCUUCGAGGAUAAGAACUUCCAAGGACGGAAGUACGAGUGCAGCACCGACUGCGCCGACCUGCGCUCGUACUUCAGCCACUGCAACUCCAUCAAGGUGGAGAGCGGCUGCUGGGUCCUGUACGAGCUCCCCAACUUCACCGGCUACCAGUACGUCGUGAGCCCCGGGGAAUAUCCUGACCACCAGCAGUGGAUGGGAUUCAACGACAGCAUCAACUCAUGUCGCUGUAUCAAAAACGUGUAUGGAAAGUCCUGGAAGAUCAGAUUCUACGACAAGCAGGAAUUUGGAGGUCAGGCGGCGGAGUGUGUUGAAGACUGCCCGUCCGUGUACGAGGCCUUCAAGCUGCGGGAGUUCCACUCCUGCGUGGUGAUGGACGGGGCGUGGGUCCUCUACGAGCAGCCGAACUACCGCGGACACCAGUACUUCCUGGAACGUGGCGAGUACCCCAACUAUGCAGACUGGGGCGCCACCUCCCCCGCGGUGGGAUCGUUCCGCAUGAUCAAACAGUUCUAGCAGCAGCAGAGACCCUGCAGAGUUCUGAGAUCAGCCCGGUCUCACACCUGCUUUUUGCCUUUUGGACAUUUUCUCCUUCUCCCCCACAGUUUCUGUUCUCACAUGAAUAAAA